AUGGUAGCUGCUACAAGCGAAGAAAUGGUGGCUUUGAGUACAACUCAAGUGAUCAUACAUCCUCUUGUCCUCCUCUCUGUAACUGAUCAUGCAGCUCGUGUAGCCAAAGGUGGAAGAAAGCGAGUGGUAGGUGUACUCUUAGGUCAAGACCUUGGAACAUCUCUCAACGUCGCCAACUCUUUCGCUGUGCCAUUCGAUGAAGAAGAGUCUAAAGCAGACCCUUCAUCCUCAUCGUCAACAACCAAUCCGAGUUCAAAAAAUCCUACCACUUGGUUCCUUGAUCAUAACUUUGUCGAAUCGAUGGGUGAUAUGUUUAAAAAGGUUUCGGCUAAAGAGAAGCUCAUUGGUUGGUAUCAUACGGGUCCUAAACUUCGUUCAACUGAUCUUGAGAUCAAUGAGGUUUUCAAACGAUAUUGUCCUAGACCGGUGAUGGUGAUAGUGGAUGUGAGACCUGAUCGAGGGAUCGCCAAGGGAUCUGUCACAGAUGCUUAUUUCGCGAUUGAAGAGAUCAAAGAUGAUGGCACAGCUACCCAAAACACAUUUAUGCAUGUUCCUUCGUCGAUCGAAGCAGAAGAAUCAGAAGAAAUCGGUGUCGAACAUCUUCUAAGGGAUAUCAAAGACCUUUCUACCGGCACGCUCUCUACUCGAGUCACCGAUCGACUCAACUCGCUUCGAGGACUCCAAGCUAGAUUAUCUGAGAUCAGCGAUUAUCUGCAAGGCGUGAUCAAGAAUGACUUACCUGUAAACCAUCAGAUCAUCUACAACCUUCAAGACAUCUUCAACCUACUUCCUAAUAUUGAUCUAAGCCCAACCACAACCUCACAAUCUGCUCCUGUUGAGAAAUCUCUCGAUGGUGACGUCUCAAUGAGUAGUCUGACAGAUAUUGCAGCAGGAGCAAAGGAUCUCACAAGCCUAGUUCUCGAUCGCUCAAGACCUUUGACCACUGUUACUAACGAUCAACUCUUGGUGAUGUAUCUCUCAAGUUUAAUUCGAGCAGUGAUUGCAUUACACGGAUUGGUGAACAAUAAACUCGAAAAUCAAAGUGCAGCGGCUGCGAUUGAACAACAAAAUGAAGAUCCAACAGGAACUGAUCAAGACAUUUUAUCCCGGACAAAGCCAUCAUCAGAUGAAAAGGCAAAGGACUCAAACUCGAAUAAAGAGAAUUCAUCAUCUUCUCGUGGUCUUUGA